GUUAUUUUAUUGCCCUCAUGUUGAACCAGUAUAGUUUGGUUCAGCCUUGGGUUUUAUUCCGAGGCAACUGAGGCUGCAAAAUCUUGCAGAAUGGUGGUGUCUUUUAACUGAGACUGAAAAACAAAUGGGUGUUCCAUAUCUGUUUGAGCAAUGGGCAAUCAUCUGCUGGAAUAUAUGGAAGGCAAGGAAUAAGAUACAUUUUGAAAAGGCUACAUUUAAUCCUGAACAUAUUUUGUUCAAAGCUAAUGCAAUGCUUCAGGAAUUUUGCUCAUGUCCUGGUAGAGACUUACUCAUGCCUCCAAAGCAGACAAUGCAAAGAAAACACGUUACCUCUGCUUGGCUUCGUCCUCCACCAGGCUUUUUGAAAUUUAAUGUUGACGCCUCCUUCAUGCCUAACUCCGGGUUGACGGCAUUGACCAUGGUGGGCAGAGACUCUUACGGGAAGAUACUUACUGGACGAACGUGGUUAUGCUCUACUGCCUCCUCUCUUAUGGCUGAAGCAAAUGCAUUACUGAGGGCUGUCCAAUCAGCAGCGGACAUGGGACUGGACCAAGUGAUUUUCGAAUCCGAUAAUGAGACCUUGAUCUCAUACGCACAACAUGCAAACCAACCCCUUCCUUGGGAGAUCCACUCCAUCAUUCACAACAUCAGAAGCUUUUGUUCUUCUCGGCCUAAUUUCUCCUUUUCUUUUAUCCCUCGUGCAGGAAAUAGAGUAGCUGAUUGGAUUGCAAGAUCAACUCUCAAGGGACAGUGCCCAUUUUACUGGGCUCAUUGCCCCCCUGAUAUUUUGCUGCAAUUACUACUUACUGAUGCUGUAUCUUAAACUCCUUCCUGUAAUCUUACUCUAUCUAAUAUAUGAAAUUUUCCUUU